UAGGGAGAGGGAGUUAAGUGUUUAUAAUUUAUUUGAAGUGUGCGUCUAUUAAUUAGUAAUUUGAAGUGCCUGUACGUGUGUGCGUGUGUGCGUGCGCGCGUGCAUGCGUGUGCGUGCGUGUGCGUGCGUGCAUGCGUGUGCGUGCGUGCAUGCGUGUGCGUGGGCGCGUGCAUUCACGCUCUUUGGUACUGGUUUUACAGGCAGUUGUGAGCUACCAUGCUGUGUGUGCUGAUAAUGGAGUUUCAUUCUCUGAAAGAGUUUUAUGUGCUCUUAACUGAUGGGCUGUUUCUGUAUUCCCCAAUCCCCACUCUUAUUUUUUUCUCCCUGUUUUAUGUGUUUUGUCUUCAUGUUUAUGCACAACAUGUGUGCAGUGCCCACAAAGGCCAGAAGAGGUUGUGGGAUUCCCUGGAACUGGAGCUACCAACUGUUUGUGUGCACCAUAUGGUUGCUGGGAAUAGAACCUGUUCCUCUAUAAGAAUGCCCAGUGCUCUUAACUACUGAGAUUUGGACCACUUUCAUUUACAUGAAGAAGUAUCUUAGGGGUGAGAUCCAAAUCUAUAAUUGAACUUCUUACACAUUUCAUCCCUACGUUACAUCUUAACUUGAAGGUAUCUUUGAGUAUCUUCUGACCCUAGAAGAUCCUGUUAAGUCUGUAGACUUCAACAGAAUCGGAGAAUCUGGAGAGAGCAGAGUUACCAACAAGAGAGCCCAGGAAUAGCAUUAACAUGGUGGUUACUCAAGACCUAACUCAGCCACGGAGACAGGCUAAGGCCUGUGAGGUUCUAGUGUCAUUUGAGGAUGUGGCAGUAGAUUUCAGCAGAGGGGAAUGGCAGCAAUUGAACUCUUUUCAAAGAUGCCUAUACCAGGAUGUAAUGCUGGAGAACUAUAGUCACCUGCUCUCAGUGGGGUUUAAAGUUCCCAAACCAGAAGUCAUCUUCAAGUUGGAGCAAGGAGAGGAACCAUGGAUAUUGGAGGAAGGAGUCCCAUACCAGAGCUAUUCAGGUGAGAAGUUUAAUAACUCAGAAAAAAGAAUUUCUGAAAAAGCUACUACAAUUUAUGGCGAAACAGUGGAUGAAGAUUCAAGAGAUGAUUUGUUGUAUUCCGUCUUAGAAGAAAUGUGGCAAGAUGCUGAAUGGAUGAAAAGAUACCAGGGAAAACAGUUCUACCCUUUGAAUCAUGCUGCUUUCCGUAAGGAAAUAUUGAAUACUAAGAGAGAUUAUGAAUGUACAGAUAUUGGAAAGCAUGUAAACUUCAAAACAAAUGUUGUUACUUCACAGAAAAGACUCCAUAUAAAAGACUCAUUUGGAAAGCAUUUUAAGCAUAAUUUAGACUUUCAUAUUCAUAAUAAAAACAAAGCAACAAAGAAUUUUGACAGAAUAAUAAGCCACAGGCAAGGUUUUGUCCACAGUACUUCUUAUACUAACCUUGAAAAUCCACAUAUGGGAACAGAAUUCUAUGAAAGUAGUCAGAAUGGAAAAGUCAUCAGAAUCAAGCAUACAUGUAGACAAAGUAUGAUAUUUCCUAUUGGGGAAAAUCUAAAAGCAUGUGAUGCAUUUGGAAGGAUCCCCACCCCCAAAUCACAUAUCUUCACUCCUAGAAUUCACAAUGUGGAAAAACAUGAUGAACUUUGCAAAUGCAUAAAUGAUUUUACACAGACGCCACUACUCAGUAUGUAUCAGAGAUUUCACGGAGAUGAACAAUUAUACAUAUGUACUCAAUUUGGGAAGGCAUUCAUUCAGAAUUCUGAAUUAAAGAUGCAUGAGGAAACUUACAUUAGAGAAAAACUGUACAAGUGCAGUGAAUGUGGAGAAUCAUUUUCUCAGCUGCCUUCUCUAUUUAGGCAUCAAACAACUCAUACUGGAGAAAAACUCAAUCCAUGUAAUGAAUAUGGGAAAGACUUCUCUUUGAGUUCAUCCCUCACUACACACCAGAAAAUCCAUACUGGGGAGAGACAUCACAAAUGUAAUGAGUGUGGGAAAGCCUUUACCCAAAAGUCAACACUCCGAAUGCAUCAGAGAAUUCACACAGGAGAGAGAUCUUAUGUAUGUACUAAAUGUGGGCAGGCUUUCAUCCAGAAAGCACACUUGAUUGCACAUCAAAGAAUUCAUACUGGAGAAAAGCCUUAUGAAUGCAGUGACUGUGGAAAAUCCUUCCCUUCUAAGUCCCAACUUCAGAUGCAUAAGCGAAUUCACACUGGAGAAAAACCCUAUAUAUGCACUGAGUGUGGGAAGGCUUUCACCAAUAGGUCAAACCUCAAUACUCACCAAAAGUCUCAUACUGGAGAGAAAUCUUACAUAUGUGCUGAAUGUGGGAAGGCCUUCGCUGACAGGUCAAAUUUCAAUAAACACCAGUUCAUUCAUACUGGGGAAAAGCCCCAUGUUUGUGCCAAUUGUGGGAGGGCCUUCAUCCAGAAGUCACAGCUAAUUACACACCAGAAAAGCCACACUAUGGAGAAACCUUAUAAAUGUCCUGACUGUGAGAAAUCCUUCUUCAAGAAACCACAUCUCAAAGUACACCAGCGAAUCCAUACAGGAGAGAAACCAUAUAUAUGUGCAGAAUGUGGGAAAGCCUUCACUGACAGGUCUAAUUUCAAUAAACACCAGACAGUUCACACUGGGGAUAAACCCUAUAAAUGUAGUGAAUGUGGGAAGGGCUUUACUCAGAAAUCAGUUCUAAGUAUGCAUAGAAGUAGUCAUGCCUGAAAGUAACACUGCUUCAUCAAAACAAAGACAGCCUCAUGGUAGAAAUCAAAUCUAAGUGUACAUUAUAAGAUUCAUCUAAGAUAGACUUUGUGUAAAUACCCUGUACAAAACUUCCAGCUAUAUCACCUGAGAUGAGAAAAGUUGUUUUGAAAAGACCCUUUAAGAAUACAUUGGAAAGGGGGGAUUUUUAUAUUUGCAUGGCCUCACAAAGCAGAAUACAUAUUGGGAAAAUGUUAGUUUGAUACAUUAAGAAAUGUCUUUCUAUAGGAAGUAUUACAAAGCAAAUUGUUACCAAAUUCUUUUUUAGAAAGAAAUUAUGCAAGUUUCAGUAAUUAAGUAGUUAAAAGUAACAUCAAAAUGAAUGAUAAAGCAACAAAAUAAUGUAUUUGAUGUCUAAAAUUCUCAGUUCUGUAGCUUUUUUUGUGGUGAAAUAUACUGUGUAACAGGAAGAAUAUAAGUUCCUUUUCAAAAUUAGAAUGAUUGUGUAUAUCAAAUUUUUUUGUGACUGAAUAUUUCAAGUGUAUCCACAAGUGAAAAGGUUAUUUUGAUUUUAUAUAUAUACACAUCUGCAGAUAUAAUUUUAUAUGGUAACAUAAAAUGAUCCUGUUACUCAUUAUGCUGAACAUGAAAUAGUCUUACUUCUUUAAUUUGGUAAAAGUACAGUAGCCACAGAUGUGUGUGUAUAGUAUUUUCUCCUAGGUUUCCCUUUUUAUUAAACAGAAGAGCAAAUGUCUUUGAUUUUAAUGUGUUCAAUUCAUUUUAUUUGUAAGUAUUCUGAAUUUUUAUGGGCUACAGUGUGAUGUUUUGCUGUGUUUGCAUAUGUGUAUAGGUCAGCUCAAAUUACUUAACAUUAUCUAUUAUCUCAAAUACUUAUCAAUUUUGCAUGAUGAAAUGAUUUGAAAUAAUCUCCUGUGGCUAUUUUGAACUGCAUGUUGCCAAUUACCUUUUAUGUAAUUGCACACCAGAACUUAUUCCUUUAGUCUAUCAGUGAUAUUGUCUCCAUUAAUCAAUCUCUCCUAUUAUCUUUUCUACCCUUUGUUUCCCAGUUAGGCACUUUUUAUGAAUGCCCUUUUGUAGUGUUACUCUGUUAUAUUUUUGUUAAGAAGUAGCUUCUUGCUGCUCCUUGACUUUUGAAUUUGACUAUGACUGGCUUUGGCCAGAGGGCCUUAUGAAAGAGAUUUUAAAAGGGGCUUGAGUUAUGUGAAAGCCUGCCUCAAAGUUUACUCUUUCUAGCUGCUCUUUGGAAUCCUGAGAUUUCUGUGUGAAAAGUCUCAGAUCACACUACUGGAAGAUUAAGAAAGCCACAUAGAGCAAAGCAAGCCAGCUCAGCUGAAAUCUGAUUGGCCAAAUAGCUUGCCAACUCUUAGAUAUAGGAAUGAGGCCUUAUUAGAUUUCUAGUCCUAUCCAAGACACUCCUGCUCAGAACAGCCAUAUCAAUUAUCCCAGCCAAACUGACAUUGUGAGGUAAAUAACCACCAUUUUAAACAGCAGCAUAUUGGAUUGGUUUGUUGCAUAGCAAAUGCUAAGUAAGACACAAAAGGAUAUUAUAUCCUACCAUAAUGUGGUAUUGGCUUUGGUCCUGGGAAUCAGGUGGUGGAGACCAGAAUGAGAAAAACUUAGUAAAAUGUAGCCCACAUUAUUUAGUAAGUGAAAAAUGGGAAAACACCCAAAAUGUUCUGUAAGAACAUAAAGAACCUGCCAGUUGAACUUUUGUAUCUGACUUAGGAAAUUUCUGAGAGAAUAAUAUAAGUAUCACUUUGCUGCUUUUAGCUGCAUAUAAUAAAGUGCAGAAAAGAGAGAUGAAUUCAAGAAAUAGCUGUUCUAACUGGCAAACAGAAUCAAAAGGAAUACUAAAAAUACUUGAGUAUUUAAGAAAUAACUGUUUUACAUAGGCAAUCACCUAGUAAUUAGUAUCAAAGGAUUACAUAGGUAAUCACCUAGUAGUAUCAAAAUAUCCUCAAGGUAUAAACUGUCCUAAAGGUCAGUCAUUGAUGUGUCUAUUUAAGUCUUUAUUACAAUGUAUAGAGUAUUGCAUUGGUGCUAAAUUAGUGAGCAUUCAGACCAUGGCAACUUGAGAAACUGUUCUAAAUAAAGAGAAGCUUACCAUAAAGAUUCACUGAUAUGGCAUUUGGGACAUGAGCUAGCUCAAAGCAGAUCCAUAGAAAACUAAAGAGUGCUUUAUCUUUGAAAUUACCUCAAGAUUGCUUUUAAAGUGACUGAAAUAAUUCAAAAUUAAAGUUGUCUGGACUGCCCUACCUAAACUAGCAUCUACAAGAAGGAUAUGAGCUAUUUGCUAAAAUAGUAGUAAACAUGAAUCCUUCCUUAUGGGAAAUGAAGGUCUUAGAAGGAAGACCCAAACAUAAUAUUUAACAUUCCAACACCCAUGUCUGCUCACAACUGCCUGUAACUCCAGUUCCAAGGGAACUUUGGCAUCCAUGGUACCUGCAGUCAUGUUCAUAUAUAACUAUGCAGACACUCAUACACAUAAUUAAAAUAUUAAAUAAUUAAUGUACAGUUAUCUAACUACAGAUUAUAUUCUCCCAACUCUCUCGGAAAGAUGACAGAACUCUGAAUUUCACACAAUAAUGGUAAUGAACUGUAGCUGUGUUUUUGGUGCUUGUCCAGAAGGUGUAUUUGUGUAUGAGAAACAUAAGAUUUUGAAAGAGUAAAAAAUCUCUGUAUGACAGAAAAAAUGAAAGUCAGCUUAGGAUAAGAGAAAAAACCUUGCAGUUAACUGGACACAGACAAAAUUUCAAUGCAUACAAAUCAUGAAACUUUACUUCUCCUAGUCUUGCAGCAGUGAUAAAAUGCCAUAAAAUAUAAUUACAUCGCUUUUCUGUGACUACUGCUUUAUCAGUGAUGUCAACAAAUGUCUUCUGUAGAGAGCCUUAUUGAGGUGCCAUGCCAACUGGCAGGGCCAAUGUGAAGUUCCUCUCCCAGCCUUUGAGCCAGAACUCCUGUAUCAGCCAUAAUCCCCUCCACCUAGGGUGGAGUUCUCAGACCAUGGUGAAGCCUAUUGUUCUCCAAGGACCUGCAGUUUCCUGAGAAACACUAGCCACCUGUGGAGCAACUGAACUGGUUCUGCUGAGAAGCUUCCAGCCUUUUCCCCUGCCUAUGUAUUUGUGGAGUUCUUCAUUAAACUUUGAGACCCUGAACAGCAA